AUGGAGACCCAUGCUCCAUUCGUUCAUGUACAUCCAUAUAUGAAGAAAGGGCACAGUAUCAAGGUGGAUGUACUAUCUCGUCAAGCCCAAGUUUCACCAAUAUUCAUAAAACCACAGAUUCUGCCCAUUUCUGAUCGAUAUGUUAGAGUUUAUGACCCACUAAUAAAUAAUUUGGAAUCACGGUCAGAUGAAAAUUAUAUCAUAGAGACUAAAUUAUACGAUAAAUAUAAAUCUAUAUUCAAUAACAUUUCAAGAGAAUCAUUAAUUAACUAUAGUAUUAGAAAAUCGGAUGAGAUAACGAAAGAUACACCACUCUCGGAAUCAAGCUCUAACACUUGCGACACCACAUCUACAAAUACAGAAACUACCAAGUCAGACUAUGUAGAAUCUUUGGAUAAUAACGAAUUCAACAAAAUUCUGGACUCUAAUGAAUUUAUUUCAUACCCAUGGGUCUCCGUAGUACCACACAUGGUUAAAUCAAUGUUUAAGUCCGUUAUUAACGAGGAAGUAUAUAUGUCAACAUUAUCAGAACACCCAUUUACUGAUUACACAUAUGAUUCAAUCAAAAUAUCUAAAAUUGACGUCAAAACGCCAGAACAAAUCUCUGAACCUGAUGUGGUAAGAUCACCAAAUUAUAUAUCCGAAUCUAACCAAAUGUCUGGACUAAGUGAAACUAGCCGUACUAAUGGAGUAUGUGAGCCUUCAAAAGGAUUUUUGGUAAAUGAAAAGUGUGUUAGAAGACUUUCCUCAGCUUUGACUUCAUUUAUUAAGGAGCUAGAUUACUGGAAUAAUUUGGUGGCAGAUUCAUUGUCGAGAACAGGCUCUAGCAGACUAACUCUUAGUGAAGCAAGAGUAUUCAUUAACGAUUACAGAUACAUUACUUUUGGCCUAUUGAACUCUGAACUGUCAAAUAGACUGGAGAAUGAGAUUAAGAUAGCCGAACACUAUUCUAAUAAGGUUCGCCAGAAGUUAUCAUCUAUUUUUGAUAAGGAAUCUGAGGAAAGUUGCUCAAUUGAUCUAUCAGUUGCAGAAAACUUACUUAAGGAAGGCUCACUAUUGACAUUUUCAACUCCAGAGUUUAUUUCACUGAGUCACCUUUUCUACAGUGUGGCAUCACUGAGGAAUCUGUUGGACGAGUCAAUACUGCGGUCAGAUAUCACAAAUUCUAACACAUUGAUUGAGGAAUGUGAUAAUUCAGUGAUCAAAAUACCGGAUUUAGAAAAUGUAAAGUUACACCUGUCAAAGAUAAUGUGGCUCAAUAACGCACAAAAAUACUCACAUAAGUCGGUAAACUAUAAACUCGUUGUUGAAUUGAUUGAUAAUACACCAGAGGAAUUAAAAUCACAUACACUGUACCAAAAUUUAAAAAAUAAAGUAGACAUGGCUUUUAAACUUAUUGAAAAAUUAAAAGAACCGAAAUUUAAAUACUUAACGUCAACUGACGAAUUAAGAAUAAAUAAUCAAAAUAAAGAUAAAAAUAUCGAGAAAAUUGUGGAUAAAGAUAAAAUUAUUGAUAAAGAAAAAAUUAUGGAGAAGGAUAGUGAUUCGGAAGAUGAGACUAGUGAUGAGGAGGAGAUUAGUGUUGAAAAUGGAAUUGAAAUGAAUAAAAAGUUGAAACCAGAGGAGUUGGAGGACAUACAUAAUAACUAUCAGGAAAUUAAUUUAAUAAUUCCAUCGUUUAAAAACAUAGAGCCAGCAUAUUUUAUGUGGAAAAGAUUUCAGAGGAGACUAAGAAAGGUGGAGGCGUUGAUUUCCUCAGAAAAUAGCGCAAACUGUACCAUAGAAUGUCUUGUACUGCUACAACAAGCGGAAACGCUGAAAGAAUAUAUUGAUAUAGAUAAUGUUUUGGAGCCAAUUAACUCGGAUGUUGAGAACUCUCUCAAGUUUGAAAAGAAAUGCAGAAACCUCUUGAACAGAUUUAAUAAUUGGUCAAUCACCAACGAUUUUAUCAAAUUCAAAACCGAAUGGAAUUCCUUAAACAACUUUAGAAAAAAUGCCACAGUUAAUAAAAAGGACCUGCAAGAUUUAAUUAACCUCGUCAAUUUAUACAAUAAUCGAGAAACAGUAGAGUCAGAUAACCAAGAUUCUAAAACAGAAAAUAUUGUUAAAGAUCAAGAGGACGAAUUAGUAUUGUUGAAGCCUAAAAUUAAGCGUAGAAAAUCAAUGAAAAGGUUGGAGAAAUCGCAAUCGGAAAAGGGAUCCGAUUCUGUAGAUGAUGAAGACAAGGAUAAAUCAACCCUAUCAACUAAUCCACCAGAGAUUACUAGAGAAAAAGUUGAUUUCCAGGAGAUAGUGGAACUGUUUAAUGAGUUCUGGAAAUUAAGAGUAAAAAAUUGGCAAAUUUUCAGGAAUUUGGAAGAGAUACACAACUCGUGUUUAGACCUAAUAGAUAAAGCCGAAAACAUAAUCAAGGAUUUAAAGCAAGGAUUAAGGUCAGAAGAAGUUUUUUCAAGUUUGAUUUUAAUCACAAUUGAAACUCUGAAAUUUGGAGCUAAUCUACACCUGGAUAAAAAAUUACUAAACUCAGUAAAAUACUGUUUGUGGAUCAAAAAAUUAUACAUUUCAUUGAAUAAACUUUACAAUUUCUUAACAUCAAAUGAAAAUGAUAGUAAUAGUGAAUUAGAAAUUAAGGCAGAUAAAGUUUAUACUAAUCGUGAAAUGAAUAUUGAAGCUGAUGAAUCUAGCAGUAAGUCAGAUGAAGUGUCAAUACCAUCAGAAGAAUCCAAUUCAGAUUCUGAAGAUGUGGAAAUUGAACAUGAAAAUAAUCAGCUAAAGGUAUUUGUAAGAAGGUUUAAAAGUCUUGGAGAAGAAUUUGAUAAGGAUUCCAUGGAAGAAUUCGUUGACUCCACACACCCAAUCUCAUUUUAUAUUAACAUAACACAAGAACAAUUCAAUAAAGUAAACUCAACAAUUAAUAAAAUAACACACACUAAUGAUAAUUAUGAAAAAUUGCUGGAAUCUCAAAAAAUAUUCACAUUAACAGAAGAAGAUUUCAUACGAGAGUUCACAACACAACAAUAUGUUUAA